GCCGGGCUCCUGCUGCUGCCACCAGGCUGGAAAUAGCGACGUCUCUCCUGAGAACGCGUGCUAGUCUUCAAACAUAAACUUCACCAUGACCAACAAAACGACUCCUCUUCUCUUGAAGCUGCUGCUGGAGAUGUCUGAAGCCUACUCCUCAAAAGCUGUCCGAGGAAACAGUAAAAGAGCAAACUUCAGACACUUGUGGGGCUCCUGUGGGGCCCUGGCAGCCAGAAGAGCCAGCCUCCCUAUCUGCCCCGCUGUCCCUGUCAGCACACCCAGCCGCAGCUUCAUCAACCUGGCUGCCCCAAUCAGCACACGCAGGAUGGAGUACACCGAAUGCCGGACAUUAGGGUUUACUCCAGAGCAGAUGUACAAUGUGGUGGCCGGUGUGGACCACUACCAGCAAUUUGUCCCGUGGUGCAAGAAGUCUCGGGUCACGAGGGGACGAAAUGGUGAAGUCUUGGCGGACCUCGAAAUAGGUUUCCCCCCCAUUGUAGAGCGCUACACUUCUGAGGUCACUGUCGUCCCAAACCAUCAAGUCAGGGCUGUGUGUACCGAUGGUUCCCUCUUCAGUCAUCUUGAAACAAUAUGGAGGUUUGCCCCCGGAGCCAAAGACCAAUCAGCAUCUUGCAAAGUGGAUUUCUAUGUGUCAUUUGAGUUCAAGUCUCUUCUGCACACUCAGCUGGCCACCGUGUUCUUUGACGAAGUGGUUAAAAAGAUGGUCAAUGCGUUUGAGUCACGGGCAGGGAUGCUUUACAAAAGCCAGCAGGAGGCGCUACUGAGAAGGCGGUCGACAUGAGCCGACCGCGCUUUGAGCUCCCCCUCCAGCCACAUCUACUUGGACCUUUAACCAAACUUUGCUCUACUUGUUAUCAACACUUGUCUUACAAAGGAGACUGGAUCUUCUUUUGCAUGCACCCGUAUCUAAUUCUUGAAUUCAUAUACACAUUGAAUAUAAUUAAAACUAUUUAUUUAUGAGCCACAAGCUAAUUUAUUUACUUUCUUGUACAUAUUUAUUUACAUUAGGGAUAGAAAUGGUUUCAAAUGAUCAUGUUUUUUGAAACUGUGGGAUAAUGCACAGACAAGUGACUUCUGCUUGGUGCUGAAACAUUUAAGAGGGUCAAACAUUGUUUUAGCAAUUUUUUUUGUCAAUGGAAUUAAAAAGCUCUUAUUUUGGUAAA